GACCUGCUUGUGAUUGACAGCCUUAGGCCCCGCCCCGUCUCCUCCAUGCCUCCUUUCAGCUGCUAGUUCUGUACAUGGAGCCGUGCUGAUCACCCAGCGGAGGCGAAGAGAGUUUAUAGGCAGGUUCCCCAGGGACUCCCCCGCUAGACUUUCGUUGCGAAGUUCCGAGGAGAAGAUUUCAAUGAGCCCCCUGCGCGGAACACUCUAAAGAGCGAGCGACAAAGGGGGUGACUUCUUCAUAGUCGCCUGUGAUUAGAAAGAUGGUGACACGACUUUGCCUGCUGGUAGCUGCUGCCUGCUUCGCUGCACAACUGGUGCAAGGGGGAGGAAAAAAGUUCUAUCAGGGGCCAUGUGCCGGACGAGAUUGUAGUGGGGGCUGCAAAUGUUUUCCAGAAAAAGGAGCUCGGGGUCGACCAGGGCAACUUGGGCCCCAGGGUCCAAUGGGGCCACCAGGAUUUUCAGGACCUGAGGGAGUAGCAGGGCCAAAAGGUGAAAGAGGUGAUCAUGGAUCUCAAGGAGGAGCUGGGCCUAAAGGAGAUAAGGGCUCAGUGGGAGUUCCAGGCUUUGAUGGGAAUGAUGGAAUACCUGGUCAUGUUGGACAGGGAGGCCAUAGAGGGUUACCUGGACUUGAUGGCUGUAAUGGCACCAUAGGCGAUUCAGGCUUUCCUGGUGCUAAUGGCUUACCUGGGGGACCUGGAUUUCCAGGUCGUACUGGUCCAAAAGGUCAGAAAGGUGAACCUUCUUUUUUUCAAGGUGAUAUAAAAGGACCUAAGGGAGAAGAUGGACUGCCUGGACGAAAUGGAUUACCUGGGCCACGUGGGCCUAAUGGAGCAGAGGGUAUAACUGGUCCAGCCGGAUUCCCUGGCUUCCCGGGUCCUCCGGGUCCACCUGGAUUGCCUGGUCCUACAGGAAACCGCGGUGUUGGCUAUUAUGGAGAGAAAGGGCAUAAGGGAGAUGUUGGACCUCCUGGUCCCCCAGGGCCAAGAGCAUCUACUGGGCCAGUGGAGUUUACUGAGCCAGCAAAGGGAAUUCAAGGAGACAAGGGUGAUAGAGGCUUUCCAGGGGUGCGAGGGGAGUCGGGAUUUCCUGGCCUUCCGGGAUUUGGUUUCAGUGGAGAGAAGGGUGAAAAAGGAAUACCUGGCCUUCCUGGCCCAAGAGGUUUUCCAGGACUGGAUGGAUCCAAUGGCUAUCCCGGCAGGAAGGGGCAGCCGGGGUUACCUGGUUUUGAUGGACUUGAUGGUUUCAAAGGAAUUAAGGGUGAAGAAGGAGACAUUGGCCUACCUGGGACUCCAAUAUACAUAGACGAGGAAGGCUCAGCCGUCACAGGCCCACCAGGAGAUGCAGGUUCUCCUGGAUUCCCUGGGAGUCCAGGAGAUGAGGGUAUUAGUGGGGCACCAGGCCUUCCCGGUCAACCUGGUUUACCGUCAUUUGUUAGAGGCAAUACUGGACAAUCUGGUUUUCCAGGUAUUCAAGGUCCUAAAGGGGAGCAAGGCAACCCAGGAAAACCAGGUUUUGGGCCACCUGGAAUUCCAGGGAGAGUUGGCCAACCAGGACCUCCUGGUCUACCAGGACAAGAUGGACCCCCUGGUGAAAGUGCUGGAUUCCAAACAGCUUUAGGCGAACCAGGUUUACCAGGAGGCCAAGGAAACAGAGGGCCCCCAGGACAAAUCGGACCUAAAGGAUAUAAAGGAGCUGACGGAGACUGUGCUUGUGAAGGAGGCGAUCUUAGCAAAGGAAGUCCUGGAUCACCAGGUCUACCUGGUCGAAGAGGAAGUCCUGGUUUUUCUGGCCUAAAUGGAAUAACAGGUGAUCCUGGAAGAAGAGGCUACGAUGGACCACCUGGUCCACCAGGUUCUCCUGGCUCAGUUGGGUUUCCUGGACUAAAAGGAGAGAAGGGAGAUCCAGUGUAUUCAACUGGUAGAGGUUCUCGUGGUGACCCUGGGUCUGUAGGCCCCAGGGGUGCACCUGGUGCUGAAGGAAAACCUGGAAGAGAUGGUCGUCCAGGAUUACCUGGCCUAAAAGGAGCUCCUGGCACUGGCGGCUCUGGUGUUCCUGGUGAGAAGGGAUUCCCAGGCUUGCCUGGGCCAAAGGGGAGCCGUGGGGGAACAGGACCUCCAGGUAUUGGUUACCCAGGUUCUCCUGGAUCUCGUGGUCUUCCUGGUGACCCAGGACAAGCAGGAUUACCAGGACAACCAGGUCUGGCAGGACCACCAGGUGACUGCUGCUGCGGGGCCAAUGUUGGUAAUGGAGACUUAGUCACAGUGGGAGGAACAACAUUGCCCUGUGUUAUUGCUGGAGAACCAGGCCUUCCGGGAGUCAAUGGUCCACCAGGAUUUCCAGGUCUUAAAGGUAAUAAGGGAUUUCCAGGAAUUCCAGGACAACGGGGGUUUGAUGGUGCUAAAGGUCAACCAGGCAAUCCAGGUUUUGGUGGAUUUCCGGGGCCUCCUGGAUUUCCUGGACCUCGUGGAGAAGAAGGUGCUCCAGGGUUCCCUGGAUUACCAGGUGGCGAAGGAUUUCCUGGAAUGAAUGGGAUCCCAGGGGCCCCAGGUCAAAAAGGAUUGCGAGGAGAAGUAUUGGGGGCAACACCUGGAUCUCCUGGUGAGCCAGGCCUACCAGGAAUCAUUGGAGACAAAGGCUUGCCAGGAGAUGCUGGUUUCUCAGGACAGAGAGGUUUUGAUGGAAGGCCUGGACUUAUGGGUGCUAAAGGAGAACGGGGUAAUGCUGGUUUUCCUGGCAGUCCAGGUCCCAAAGGUCAGCCUGGCUUUGGAGGAUUAUUGGGGAUUAAAGGAAAACAGGGUCCUCCUGGAGAUAUUGGAUACUCUGGAUCACCAGGCUGCCAAGGUUUUCCUGGAAUUAAGGGUUUACCUGGAGAUAGAGGCAUUCCUGGCAUAGCUGGGACGAAGGGACGCCCAGGAGCUCUAGGGGAUGCAGGACGUCCUGGUGAAAUAGGUCUCCCUGGGCUACCUGGAUCAGGUGGCCGAGAUGGUCUUCCAGGGUUCCAAGGGCUUAAAGGUGAGAAAGGCUCUCCUGGUGUGAGGGGAUUCACUGGAAUGCCUGGUAUCCCAGGGCUUCCUGGAGUCAAUGGAUAUAAAGGAAUUUGUGGCUCACCUGGAAGAGAUGGACAAAAAGGAAAUGAUGGCUUUAAGGGAGAAAAAGGUUUAACUGGUGAUAUUGGUAUACCAGGUCCUGUCAUACUACCACCUCCUGAACUUCGUGCUAAAGGGACUCAGGGAGAACCAGGACCAAGUGGCCCUCCUGGAUUUACAGGACCUAGAGGUGAUAAAGGAUUUCCUGGACUUCCAGGAACACAGGGGAGCCCUGGCUUUCCAGGCAGCCCAGGCAGAGAUAAAGGUUUACCUGGUGGCCCUGGAUUGCCUGGAGCAUUUGGAAGACCAGGAUUUCCUGGUUCAAAAGGAGAACCUGGAAUAGUUGGAUUUCCUGGAAUGCCUGGGCCAAAUGGUGCUGAGGGUAUCCCUGGAGUUUCUGGUUUUCCUGGCAGUCCUGGACUACCAGGACCGAAAGGAGAAAGAGGAGAGACUUUAGGACAACCUGGACGUCCAGGAGUUAAAGGAGAGACUGGUAUACCAGGAGUUUCAGGUCAAAGAGGUUUUGAUGGCAUUCCAGGAGAUGUUGGGUCAAUAGGAAUCACAGGAAAUCCUGGACAAAAGGGUCCUUCAGGAGAGCUUGGACGGAUAGGACAACCAGGAAAUCCAGGAUAUCUGGGAUAUAGAGGCAACCCUGGAUUAGUGGGUAGUCCUGGAUUACCAGGACCUCCAGGAUUUUCAGGAACCCCAGGGGCAGCAGGUCCUAAAGGUUUUUCUGGGCCUCCUGGUAUCCGUGGCUUAAACGGCUUGGCUGGAAGUAAGGGGACCCCUGGAACACCAGGGCUUAGUGAGGCUGGACGGCCAGGAUCCCCAGGAUUUCCAGGACCAAAAGGUGAAAGAGGUUCUCCCAACACUAUCCCGGGACAACCAGGAUUUCCUGGAUCUAAAGGAUUUCCCGGACAAACAGGUCUUCCUGGUGCCGUUGGCUUACCUGGUCUUCCUGGACCACCCGGCUUCUCAUUUCCCUCCUCUGUCCCAGGGAGACCCGGUGACCCUGGCCCUCCUGGACGAGAUGGAGAAGCAGGACUUCCUGGCCUGCCAGGACCACGUGGCCCUCCUGGCCCAGGAUCAAAUCAAGGGGAUACAGGAGACGCAGGAUAUCCAGGCAUUCCUGGCAGACCUGGCAUAAAGGGUGAACCUGGAAUACCAGGAAACUCAGGAAGCCCUGGAGCUCCUGGACUUAAAGGCCUGAGAGGUGAUCCAGGCUUCAUUGGUAGCCCAGGCAAGGAAGGUUCUGUAGGAGAUGCUGGCUUUCCAGGACCAAAGGGAGAAAGGGGCAACCCAGGACUCCCUGGUCCUCGAGGACGGCCUGGCCCACCCCCAUCAAUAGAGGAUUACCAGAUUCCUAUUGGAUUACCAGGUCUGCCUGGAAUUAAUGGUUUUGAUGGUGUUGCCGGGGAAAUUGGACAACAAGGAUCAAAUGGACCAGCAGGAGGUAAAGGAUUCCCGGGCAGAUCUGGGCAAAUAGGAAGAAAUGGCCCGCCUGGUGCUCCUGGUCCUAUUGGUGAUCCUGGUGAACCUGGUAUUCCUGGAUCUCCUGGUUUUGAAGGUUCUCCUGGUAAGCAGGGUGCAGUGGGCUUACCUGGAAUGGCAGGACGGAGUGUGGGUGUUGGAUACACAUUAGUCAAGCACAGCCAGUCUGAACAGGUUCCUCCAUGUCCGCUUGGAAUGGCCAGGCUGUGGGAUGGCUAUAGCUUGCUGUUUGUGGAAGGACAAGAAAAGGCUCACAAUCAAGACUUGGGUCUUGCUGGUUCCUGUUUGCCUCGGUUCAGCACCAUGCCGUUUAUUUACUGCAACAUUAACGAGGUUUGCUACUAUGCUAGCAGGAAUGACAAAUCUUAUUGGCUCUCUACCACGGCUCCUAUCCCCAUGAUGCCCGUGGCUAACACCGAGAUUAAAGAUUACAUUAGCCGCUGCUCAGUUUGUGAGGCUCCUUCCCAGGCUGUUGCUGUUCAUAGCCAGGAUAACACAAUCCCACAAUGCCCCAAUGGAUGGAGGAGCCUCUGGAUUGGAUACUCUUUUCUCAUGCACACAGCUGCAGGUGCUGAAGGUGGUGGUCAAUCCUUGGUAUCUCCAGGUUCCUGCCUUGAAGAUUUCCGGGCCACUCCAUUUAUUGAAUGCAGCGGAGCAAGAGGAACCUGCCAUUACUUUGCCAACAAGUACAGCUUCUGGUUGACCACUGUGGAAGAAACACGGCAGUUUGCUAGACCGCCCACUUCUGAAACGCUGAAAUCGGGCCAGUUGAGAACACGCGUGAGCCGUUGCCAGGUGUGCAUGAAGAACUUGUAGCACAACAGUCUUCCUGAAAAAAACUCCUGCACUUGAGUUCUGUGUAGAAGUAGCACAUGAAUUAGCCAGCGACCCACUAAUGGCUACUAGGAGUAUCUUGAUGACUGAACCCCUUCAAAUGUCUACAGUAAUAUGAUUCAGCAGACAAGUGACUCAGUACAAUGAAGUGGACAGGUUAAUUUUUUUUUAAAGAAUAUUUUAUGCAAUAAUGGUGCUAAAUCUUUUUUAAUGAAUAUUUUUCAUGGUGCGUUAUUCAUGGCUACCUCAGAAAGGCCUUGAGUAAGUUCACUAACACAAAGUUGGAUCAACAACCCCCUCCCCCCCAAGAUUCUGCACUGCUACCCCAGCUGUGUAAGAUAUUUUUAGGCUUCUAUGAAUGAAUGAAAGAAGUCCUGCCUUCCACACCUGACUGAGAUCAUCACUACAUAUAAAUCUGUUCCUUAAUUGGGAUUCAGGGACUGAAGAGCCAUUAAAGAAGCUUCAAAGCCAAGCAAAACUAGGAUUCUUCCUCAUAUUGACCUUAUGUAUUGCCACUUUUUUAUCUCAGAACCUUAAUUAAGAUGAAUUUGCUUUAAUAUAUGAGUACUAUGUAAGCUAUAUCUACAUGUAGACAUGGGAUCCCACCCAGUUAUAUAGAUGUUUUUAACCUUUUAAAAAAAUAAAGUAAUGUGUAUAAAUCGUCCAUAAUCUCCUACCGAUGAUCCAGAGGAGGGCAGUAAAGUCCCACUAAAGACUUUCCCAUGUACCAUUACAUAUUAAAGCAAUUUCUCUUUUGGUGCUAUACACUAUUGUUCUACCCACAUGACCUCCAAUGGGUGACAAUACACAAAGGAAAUCUUUUGGUGCUUUCUUUGUUGAGGUUUGACUUGUCUAUUCAAACUCAAUUACAAUCCACGAGACAGCAUUACAUCGUUACAGUUACAAGAUUCAUUCAUUUUUUUUUUUAAUUGGCAAAAAAUAAUGAAUUAUACAAAUCCAUCUAUUCAGAUAUUGAACCAAACUCUAACUUGUACAUUAAAAUGCAAACAUAUUUUGUCAAACCUUCUGUAGGAAAUAGAAACCUGUUAUAUAUUAUUAGGUGUGUAGCCCACUUAAAAAAUAGAGUUCAGUUGGUUUGGCCAAAUGCUAAGACAGGGCUCUCAAACUUUUUUUAAUAUAGUUAUAGAUGCCGGAUUUGUGACCCAAUAUAUGGUUGAGAAGGACUGCUAUAUCUCCUUUUAUUCACUGUUAUAUAGUACAGACACUUUUUAUAGUCUGUUAAGCUGAUCAUACACUGAUGUACUUGUUUGGUGGAACUUUGCCCUACUUGGCCAAAUUGGGCUUAUCCAAUAGUGUGACCCCUGGUCCAACAAUCAAUUCAUAAGGGGGGGGACUAUGGUAAUCAGUCAGGUGAGAAUCAUAUUCAUAAUAAUAGUGAUCCUCGCAGAGAAAGAUGGGGACCUAUAUUAUGGUUCUAGACCAGCAGGUUGAGAAUCCAUAUGUUAAGUAUUUGGCCAAUUUCAAAAUCAUGAUACAAUUAUUACAAUUAUUUCUAGCUUAUCAUGGUCUUUCAGAGGUAGCCUUGGUGCAAAUAUUUCAUAUUUAUGCGCAUUUUACUAUUUUCACAGUCACCUCCCCUGCGUACUUCUCUUCACACUAUAAAUUUGUACAUUUAAGUUAAUCAGACCCCCUUUUUUAUAGUAAGGCCUACUUUGUAUUGUGUUUAUUACAGGUUAGUUAUGCAGUUGCACAAUUGCUUUGUUGGAGAUGUAGCUAAUGUUUUAUGAAACCCAGAAAUGACACUAAAGGAUAUGGGCAUCUUUAUGAAAUAAAAAGAAUAUUUUAAACCAGAGUUGUACAGUGAUAUUCUGGGCCAAAUCCACAUUGUAAAUUUCAAUAAAACGAUUUCUGAUUGAA